AAUAAUAUUAUUACUAUUAAACGCGCUAAUGUUUAAUUAAUUGUUAAGCCAAGAACCCAAAACAAACAAACAAACGGAAGACAAAGAUUUUUAAGCCUACACUUUAAGUACAAUUUACUAGACAUACAAACAAAAAAAUACUUAAAUUAUUUCAACAAAAGCUGCAACUAUUUUUAUAUCCGAAAACAUAUUAAGCAAAACGGCGAAUUCAAUUGAGAAACGAAGCAAAAACCAGAGUACAAAAAUCUUUAAUCAAUUUAUAUACAAAAAAAGCAAGCAACAUAAAUAAUCAACAGCAAGUAAUUAAUAAACCUAAAUACCAACAACAGCAACAAGAACAACAACAAAGCAAACAAACAAACAACGCAUACAAAAUACAAAUUUUACAAAUUACAAAUUUACAAGAAUUUUUAAUAAUAAAAAAUAAAGUCUGCUAAACAAAUUUAAAUCAAAUAUCAAGAAUACAAAUUUUUGCAUAGCUGCCGUUUUACAAACAAAAAAAAGUAAAGUACAAAAUACCUAAACCAACAAAUCUUACAAGUUUUCAAACCAACCAACAAACAAACAACUUACAAAUUUUAAAAGCAAAUAAAAACGAACAAGAAAUAAAGUAAAUUAAAGAUACCAAUUUAAUAAAAGCACUUUACAAAAUAAUAAUCAAAUUUUGCAUUAAUCGUACGUACACCCAAGCAAAGCCAGUGAGUUCAAAAAAACAAACAAGAGUAGCUUCAACUUAUACACAUAGUUAUACAAAACGAAUUAAGGUCGAGACAUUUAGCCAGAAAAGAACAAGAAUUUUAAAUAGAAGAACUACCUCAGCAUAAGUAGUGAACCGAAAAGUGUACAAAACCAUUAAGGACGACGACUCUCUCACACAGUACAAAUUGCUAAGGAUCUGAGGACAGAAGGACACUGCAUAGCCAUGCUUAAGCUCGUGCUUAAAUGGCGUCUUCAAUAUUAGCCCAGAGCAGCAGCAGCAGCACAGGCGUUCCUGUAGACUCUGUGGGCAACUUGGCAACCGGAGCAGCCAGUGGUGUUACGGCCACAUCGGUGGAGGCCACUGUCUCCAGUUUGCAUAAUACGCAUCUGAAUCAAUUGAGCAGCUUGAGUCAGCACUAUACAACGCCAUAUCACCAUCAUCCAACACAUCAUUACCACCAGCAGCAGCAGCAGCAACAGCAGCAGCAAUACCAUCAACAGCAGCAGCAGCAUCAACACUCCCAGCAGCAGCAGCAGUACUCACAAGAACAGCAGCAACGUUGGGACUACUAUGCCAGGCAGCAGCAACAGCAGCAGCAGCAGCAACAGCCAGCGGCCGCCACCAACGGCAACUCAACCAGUAGCUCCAACAACAAUCCCAGCAACAACAGCAGCAGCAACAACAGCAACGACAGCAGCAGCAAUCCUACGGUUCCAGCCCCCUUGGGCAGCAGCAGCAAUGGCAGCAAUAAUAACCAUGCUAGCGUUGCCGCCAGCAAUCCUGGCCAGCAGCAGCAGCAGCAGCGGCACACCGAUGCCAAUGCCCUUUCCGCCGCCUCCGCCGCAGUAGGAAGUCAAGCCAACAACACCAACAAUACGAAUACCAACAACUCCAAUUCCAAUUCAAACGGUAGCUAUACGCGUCCCUGGGAAAUGGAGUCCAAGGAUAAUGGUCCACAGCAGCAGCAGCAGCCCCAGCAACAGCAGAUGAAGAGCGGCUUUGAACCCUUCUCCAAGCUGCCCUCGUUCCAAAGUCAAUUCCAUGGCUUCAAUGAGCUGCUGCCCGAUGGAACACCCAUGCCAGUGCCCAUAGGAGCUGUGCCAGGAGCUGUGCCAGGAGGACCAGUAGCAGUUCCAGGACCCCCAACUGGACCCACCACUAUGAGUUCCCUGCAAACGGUGGCCAUGUCACCGGCCAGCAUUUCUGUGAGCUCGCCGGGCAUGAUGAGUGUGGGCUCACCGUUGACCCAACUCUCGAGCUUGCAGGCCAGCAUUACGCCGCCAUCGGCGGGCAGCUUUCCGGCACCACCGCCGCCGAAUGCCUUUGCCCACCAUCAUGCCCUCAAUCCGCAUCAUCAUCACAGGACCAGCACUGGGUAUCCCUAUGGAGAGAUACCGCUCUAUCCGGGCUUUACGCCGCUGGGCGUGAAGAAGGAGGCCGCCGGAUCGGUAACGGGAGGCAGCGACUUUGAGAUGCUGCUGAAGAAGGAGGACUUUGAUCUCAGCCACAGUGGCGUAGGCGGUGGCCUGAUCCACCAUCCGUUGCAGCAGCAGCAGCAGCCAGGACACCAUCCCAUACCGAUGGGCAUGCACACGCCGACGUCGUAUGAUGGAAAUAAUAGCAACACCAGCUAUCCGCAGGCGGCGACUGGUGGCAGUGGCAGUGGCAGCCACACACCGCACACCACCAGCCAGCCCACGCCCACCACCACGACACCGGUCAAGGCCGAGAAGCUGCUCCAGUCGCCGAUAGCACGGCUGGAGGCCAGAAAGAAAGAAAGGCGGAAACAGCGGCCCAAUUCGCUGGAGUCCAGUGCCGAGAGCGAGGCCAGCGGCAUGGACGUAGACCCAAGCAAUCCUGGCCAAGUGGAUGCCGUCUCCAGCACGGCCAACUUCAAGAGUCCGUUGAGUGCUCUGGGAAUGGGGGAUAGCAACGAUGCCAAUGCCAGUGGAUGUGACAAGCAGUCAAAGAAGAAGCGCAAGCGGUGCGGCGAAUGCGUGGGAUGCCAGCGCAAGGACAAUUGCGGCGAAUGUGCUCCCUGCAGGAACGACAAGAGCCACCAGAUCUGCAAGCAACGUCGCUGCGAGAAGCUCACCGAGAAGAAGGAACCCAAAGCCAAAACCAUUGUUUAUGGAGCCGAUGGUCAGCCCGUUCGCCCAGACUCGAAGCGCGGCCGCGGCAAGGGAAAGUCAUCUGCCACCGGCAAUGGAGCGGGAAGCGCCACAGGUAUCGCCGCCGGCAAUGGGACACCAACAACUGGGCAGUCACGCGCCCGCAAAAACUCCACCAAAGCAAACAAACUGAAUGCAGCCGCUGCAUCAGCAACAUCGCCUCGUCUAAGUCCAGUGCCGGCAGCAACACUGUUGCCGCAGCAAUCGCCAAAUACACCAUCCGUAGCCGCAGCAGCAGCAGCAACAGGCAAUCUGCAGCAUCAGCAGCAGCAGCAGCAAUAUCAGCAACACCAGCAACUAUUGUCGCAGCAGCAACUCCUGUCGCAGCAACAUCAGCAGUACCAACAGCCGCAGCAGCAACAGCAGCACUUUCAGCAGCAGCAACACUUGCAGCAGCAGCAGCAGCAACAGCACGCACAGCAGCAGCAACAUUUGCCACAGCAGCAGCACCAGAUAACCGCACAAAUCCAAACCAUGAAGGAUCAACCGCAACAGCCCAUGGCACCCAUGGCCUUCUAUCCCACAUGGCAGGCGGAUCCGUCGCAGGGCUGGCAGAACCAGUUCAUACAGCAGAUACCACAGAACACACCGGCCAUCACGUCCCUGAACUCACUGGACUUCCAGACGCAAUCCUACGCCUAUCCCUCGAACGGCUACGUGCAGUCGGGCCUGGGAUUUGAUCCCAACUAUGGACGAUCGCCGUAUGCGGCGCCCGUGCAGCGCUACGACUUCCAGAGCCAGCAGCUGUCCACGGGUCCCCAGGUGGGUCUCCAGAGUGUGGCGGGUUUUGCGCCCAGCUAUGCCGGCCAGGUGACUGCCGCUCCGGUGCCGCCAUCGCAGCAGCAACAGCAGCAGCAGCAGCAACAACAGCAGCAGCAACAACAUCUGGGAGCGGAACUGAACAAGACGAUGUCGGGAAACGACACGCCUGGAUAUCCGCGGGUGAGCAGCGUGCCGCCGCGCUCACUCAACUGUAACGGGUAUUCAGGCGAUUUCAGCGGUUCCAACAACACAACCACCAGCAAUUCCAGCGCCAGCAACACCAACGCCAGCAACAACAACACCAGUAACUCAAAUCCCAGCAAUCCUGCCCCGGUCAGCGGUGGCACCACCACACCAGCUCCGCCAGCGAUAGCAGUGCCGCAGCCAGCCUCCUCGGUGGAGGCAGUGCCGCAGUCGCCCACCCGCAGCAGCCUCCUCCAGCAGCAGCAGCAGCAUCAAUCCCCCACAGGCAAUGGCCUUCAGCCUUAUGUGGCUCCAUCCCAGCAGCAGCAACAACAGCAUAUUGCCUCGCCGCCAAUGCAGGAUUGGAACUGGAAUGCCCAGCAGCAGCAGCAGGUGGGCGAGGGCUAUCCUCAGGGCGAGCGGGUGCACCUCAACACUCGCAUCAAGUCCAUGAUCAUGCGCAAGAGCGAUCCCAAGGAUCCACCGCCGGAUCUGCAGCAGCAGCAGCAGUCAGUGCAGCAGCAAGUGCCGCAGCAGCAGCAGCAACAGCAGACCGGUCAUUUUUUAUCGUAUAGCCACCAUCUCCGACCCGAGGCGGCGCUGAGCGCCAAUGGGCCGAGCAGUGUCACGCCCACCCAUCCACAUCCACUGCCCCUGCAGCAGCAACAACAACAGCAGCAGCAGCAGCAAGUGCAGCAACAGCAGCAGGUGCAACAGCAGCAAUCACUUAGUGGAGCAGUGGCCUCUGCCGAGCCCAUCGGAGGUGGUGGCGAUCACAUCUGGAAGCCGCAUCACAGUAACUCCUUCAAGAAACCAUCCGUUGUGAGCGGCUAUCCCGAGCUGCAGCAACUGCAGCAACACCAGCCAGGACAGCACACGACCAUCAGCCAUGCAGCGGAUCCGCCGCAACCAUUGCCCGCACCCGCCACGAAUCCCAUCCAGACGGUGGUGGCGCCGCCUAAGAAAUCACGCAGCCGGAGCAAGGCCAGCCGAGCGGCGGCAGCAGCGGCGGCGGCAGCAGAAGCAGCGGCCGAAAUAGAUCGAGAUCGAAACUCCACAGAUCCCGGAGGUGGUGGUGGUGGGUCGCUCAAGCCGCUCAGUGCCCACUACCCGCCGCAUCCACACAGUGCCGGUCCGGUGCCGCCAGGUCAGGACUACCAGGGGCACUACAUCAAGACGGAGCCGGGUCUGCUGGGACAGCCCAACAAAAUGGAGGGCUAUGAGCGUAACUACCAGAACUUUAUCCAAUACGCUGACUUCUGCCAGAACGAUGGCCAGGGGCAGCCGGUGCAGCAGCACCAUGGUCAUGGUCAGCAGGACUAUGCUGGCUACCAUCACAAUUCCGCUUAUUAUGGCGCCGGGGCGAGUAGCUUUCAGCAGAAUUUCCAGCAGAACUUUGUGCCCGGCUACCAGCACUCCACGUACGGAAGCAGAGCGAAACCGCCAAGCAAUCAGCCCCAGAUCCAUCAGAUCCAUGGCCAUGGUCAGAGUCUGAUGGAGCUGGACCGCAAGCCGGACACCAAUAGCAUCAUCCCACUGCCCACGAACUACGAGAAGGAUAUACCGGCGUAUCCCAUACCACCACACCGCUAUGCCCUGGGGCAUGGAGCUCCCCCGCAUCUCCAUGGUCAUCAUGGCAUGUUGGAGCCCAAGCUGGAGGAUAUGGGCAUGCUGGGUCAUGGUGGUGGUUAUGCCUACUUGGGCAGCGAAGGAAAGCCAUUAAAUAAUGGUUUUUCCUGCUGUCGCCAGGGGGGCACGCGACCUCCAACAGCCGAGCAUCUUAAGGAUGGCACCUGCCUGGGCUUGGGUAUCCAGCCCAAAGAGGAGCUGAUUGAUGAGGAUGAGCUGAUUGAUACCCAUGGCAAUGGCCUCAAGCCCGUGGUGGGUGUUGGAAAGAUCAAGGGCAAGCAGAAGCCCGACGAAAUACCGGAGAUUGUGGUGAAACACGAGAAGAUCAAUCCCAUGUUUGAUACCACGGAUCGUUUGGAGAAGGGCAACAAGACGGAGAUACCCGAGUGCGAGUGCUUCCAGUCUGAUAAGAAUCCUCCAGAGCCGGGUACCUACUACACGCACCUUGGCACGGCUUCCUCCUUAAUGGAACUGCGACGAGAGUUCGAGGAGCGAUGCAACCUCACGGGUCGCCAGCUUCGAAUAGAGAAGAUUGUCUACACGGGCAAGGAGGGGAAGACCUCGCAGGGUUGUCCCGUGGCGAAAUGGGUUAUACGAAGGGCUGAUCUCGAAGAGAAGAUUCUCGUGGUGGUCAAGAAACGACCAGGUCACAGAUGCAUAGCUGCCUACAUAGUGGUCUGCAUGGUGGCCUGGGAUGGAAUGCCACGCCUGGAGGCGGACAAUGCCUACAAAAAUCUGAUCCCUAAGCUCAACAAGUAUGGACUGCCCACCACGCGAAGAUGCGCCACGAAUGAGAAUCGCACCUGUGCCUGCCAAGGACUCGAUCCGGAAUCAUCUGGAGCCUCGUACAGCUUUGGCUGCUCCUGGUCCAUGUACUACAAUGGCUGCAAGUACGCCCGCUCCAAGACGGUGCGCAAGUUCCGGCUGUCGGUGAAGAGCGAGGAGGCAGCCAUCGAGGAUCAUAUGAACCUCAUUGCCACCCUGCUGGCGCCUGUGUUCAAGCAGGUGUGUCCACGCUCCUACGACAAUCAGACCAAGUACGAGCACGAGGCCUCCGACUGUCGGCUGGGCUUGGAGCCUGGAAAACCCUUUUCCGGUGUGACAGCCUGCCUGGAUUUCUGUGCCCACUCGCAUCGCGAUCUGCACAACAUGCAGGAUGGAUGUACGGUCCAUGUGGCGCUGCUAAAGCCAGGGAAUCGGGAUACCCGUCUGCCCGACGAUGAGCAAUUCCAUGUCCUGCCUCUGUACACGAUGGAUGGAACGGAUGAGUUCGAGAGUGUGGAGGGGCAGAGGGACAAGCACCGCACUGGAGCGGUGCAAAUGCUGGACAAAUUCCCCUGCGAAGUACGAGUGCGUUCAACCCCGCUGAUACCCUGUCGAAGGCAUGGCAAAAAGCGAAAGGAUGGCGAUGAUGCAGCGCCGCCGGACGGUGACCAGGAUGCCGUGGGCGAUGGCAACAGCCAGAGCAGCUCCAGCAAUGGUGCCCAGUCGCAGACGCAAGCCAACAGCAGCAGCAGCCAGCAAAGCAGUCCACCAGCCCUGGGCGGAGCCCACAUCAAGAAGGAGACCUCUAAUGGCAACACGGGAGUGGCGGCCAAUGGAGCGAGUGGCAAGGCCAAGGCCAAGGGCAAGUCCAGUCAGUCGAAUAACUCCAGUGCUUCCACGCCGGGAUCGGCGCCACCCUCAACGCCUUCGCCGCGCUGCCAGACCCCAGUGACGAACAAUCCCAGUCCGGCGGGCAGUGCUUUUAGCACGCCACCGGUUCAUGCCGGUAAUCCCAAUCCCAACACCAAUCCCAAUGCCAAUCCUCAGAGCAAUGGCGGCCAGACGGCAGGUCAACCCGGCCAGCUGAUGAGCUCGAACUCGAGCCUCAUGAACAUGGCCACCAUGAUAGACACCUUUACGGACGCCCAACUGCAGUCCAACCAGAUCUCGAGCACAGUCCUGGACUCACCCUACUCGUACGACUACCAGACCGGCUCCUACAUCGACUCCAGGAACUACUACGGCAACUGGCCAACGCCACAUGCUCCCAUGGGCAUGCAGGCGCAGGUGGGAGCUGCCGGGGGAGUGGCCGGAGCAGGUGCAGCGCCGCCACUGACACCAACAACGCCAACGGCACAGCCACAACUAGGAGGACCACCUGGAGGAACAGCAAUUCCAGGUGGAGGAGGAACCUCAGUGGGAGCCCCACCAGGAGCCCUUCCCGCGAGCAUUCCCUCUGCAGUCACACCCACGCAGCUGGAGACCAGCAAUGGCUAUGGCUCUGCAAGCUAUCAGACUUUAGUUGGAGGAAAUCCCGCCGGAAACCUAAGCAAUCCAGGUGGAGUAGCCACUGAGGUGCAGCAGCAGCAGCAGCAACAGCAGCAGCAACUCCAGCAGGCUCAGCAGCAACUGCAACAGCAGCAGGGACCUGGCGCCACCCUAGUGCCCGGUGGUGGUCUUCCCGGUGAUCUCAAAAGCCGCCUAAUCAGCGGAGAGGAGAAUCCCGACUCAACCACUCUGGUGAAUCACCAUCACACCUCACAUCAUCCCAAUCUGACGGAAAGCAAGCUGACCGCUUUGACCGCCAUGCAGCCGAUGAGCGCCAUGACGCCGCUGACCACCUCGCAUCACCAUCCACAGGAGGGAUUCGUGAAGCCCAAGCCGCCGCCCAGCGACUACACGGCCCAGUACACGGCUCAGUAUCCCAACAACUACCAGAUGUAUCCGCCACCACCGCCGCCGCCGCACUCGGCGUACUCCGCUUACGAUGCCUACCAGAACAUGAACUACAAUUAUGGGUACCAUCACCAGGCCUACUCACCCUACGGGAUGUAUCCGCAGCAGACGCCACCGCCCACGCCGCCGCCUCCUUCGCCCAACUGGAACAUGUACGGGCAUCAUCAGACCACAGGCUCUGGCUAUGGCGGCUCGGGAGGAGCUCCUGGAGGAGCCGGAGCGGGCUCGCUGAUUGCCUCUCAUGGAGGAGCCGUGGCUCCAGCGGCUGGUGUGGGUCUGCAAAAGCCCAGUAUACCAGCACCUGCUCCACUGCAUCACCAGCAGCAGCAGCAGGUGCAGCAGGUUCAGCAGCAGCAGCAGCAACAGGUGCAGCAGCAGCAACAGGAAGCCCCGCAGACGAUAUUACCCGACUUGACUAAUGGCCAAAGCAGCGGCGACAAUGUGGUUACACCCACGCCGGCGGGUGAGGCGCCCAACAGCGAUGCGGGAUCAGUUGCUCCUCCUGCCGGAGCUGCCUCUACAGCGCCGCCUGCCGGAUCUCCUGGCAGUACCAACACCAGCAAGAUCGAACCCAUCGGCGAGGUGGCCGAGAUCAAUGAGAACAUCGAGGCCUUCCAGGAUCCGCAGAUGGGCGGCGUGGCCAUUGCUUUGAACCAUGGCAGUGUGCUGAUCGAGUGUGCCAAGCACGAGAUGCAUGCCACGACGGCGGUGCGUAGGCCAGAUCGGCAUCAUCCCACGCGGAUGACGCUCAUCUUCUACCAGCAUCGCAACCUCAACAGAUCGCGUCAUGGCAUCGACGAGUGGGAGGAGAAGAUGCGGGUGAAGAAGAUCAACACGGAUCUGGACAACAAAGCCAAAGAGGAGCGCGAGCGAUUGAUAAAGAAGGCAGCUGGCGAGGAUCUGGACGAUCUCGAUGAGGAUGCCAUGAUGCAGGAUGAACUGGCCUCGCCGGUCGUCAAAAAGGAAUCCUCUACGUCCGCCGCCAAUGGACAGCAGAUGAAGAACGGCGCCAGCGGCAGUAAAAAGAAGAAGGGAAGCGCCGCCGACUCAAAGAAGUCGCAAUCGCAAUCCAGUGAGCAGUCAAAAAACGAGAAGGUUGCCCUCCACGCACCAACACUGACGACUACGUCGUGGACGACCCUGUUCCCCAUGCAUCCGUGCGUGGUUACGGGGACCUAUCCGGAGGGCAAUAGCAGUCCGACCUCGUCCACGAACGCACCCAACGGUGGUGGCCCUCCGCCAUGUCCGCCUGGCAAUGGGCCAGUCCAGCCACCCAUCACCACUGGUCCCGGAGCGGCGCCCAUUCCGCAGCAACAGCAGCAGCAGCAGCUGCCGCAGCAGCAGCAGACCUGAAUCUGCUACGCCUGAGGGGCUACUACUGGUAACUGGGAAGCUCCUCCCGAGAGUUAGCGCUAAUCAUAAGCAUCCACACUAAAGCAGCCCUGUUCUGGCUUUCAAUUUCGACAAAAAAAAAGGGUGAAAAUACUUUCCCAGUAACUUUCGAAAUCGAAUUAUUCAAUUUGAUUAAACAAUGUUUGAGGUUUACAAGACUUUCUUUUAUUCAGAACUACUGAAAGCCAAAAAGAGAAAUUAGAAGUAAUUAAAGUUGUUCCAGAAUUCCAAAUCGCCAAAACUUUAAUCGAAAUGGAAACUAGGAGCAGGGCUGUAGGACUGAAUAUUCACUCAAAGUAAAGAAAUGAAACGGUGGCCGGAGAAUUAAUUAUUUUUGUAAACGCAUCUGAUUUCGUGUGCCAUAGGAGAAGACAUAGAAAAGUCCCUAAAAAAUAUAAGAAGGAGUUGCAGUCGAAAAAGUACAGUUGACGCUGCCAGGCCAGAGUUGUCACCAUUCCACAAAAAGAAAGUAAUUAAAAUCUCUCUACAAAAACACAGCUAAAAUCACUCAAAAAUAACAAGUUUCUAAACUGAUAAAUGCAGCUAGUUUAAAUAUCAACUAUUAACUUUAGUUUCUUAAGACGAUUUCUGUUAAAUGAGUUAUUUUUUACAAACAAAAAAGUAAACAAAACACUACGAGCAAACAAAAAACUACAGAACAACAGCAAAAACGAAUACUACUAAAAACAAAAACCAAAACUAAAAAGAAAGAAAAAAGAAAUCAUAUUAAGAGUUAGUGGAAAAGUUGAAACAAAAGAAAGAUCAUUGCCAAAAGUACAAAUAAACCAUUUUUUAAACAAAACAAAAAACGCAACUAGAAAAACGUAAAGAAUUUCGCAAGACAACAAAUGAAAAUAGUUGGUAAACCCAAAAGCCGUUUUUACAAUACACUACAACAGUUUUUAAAAUUUAGUUCAAUUGCAUUAUUCCUAUUCAACAAUUUGACUGUCCUUUGGGAUUGCCUUCGAAUCAAGUACAGUCUCAAUCGAAUUUGAAUUGAUCCAACGAAAGAGAGGGCGUGUUCCAAAUUUCUCUUUUCCUUGAAUGCGCUCUUUGGCACUCAAACUUGAGAUAAAUUUGGCAUAAGCUUAGAUGAUUUACCGUUAUAAACCAGAUCAUUCACUCACUCCCACGAAAAAGAAAGCGCAGUUUGAAAUGGUGAGGGUUAGAGCAGGGCAACUAGAGGAACUACAACUAGAGAAGAAUUGAGAGGAUAUUGAGUGUGAGAAAAGGAUAUUUUUGAGCCUGAGGAAAAGAGACAAACCGUGAGAGCGGCACAAGCUCCAUAAAAAGGAAGAAAGGAGAUGGAAAGAAAUGUAAGGCAGCAAGACAUUUUUUAAAACUUUAAUAAUAAUUUAAACUAAGUUUAAGCAAAAAUACACACACACACACAAACGAAAGUUAUAUAUUUAUUUAUGCGCCCAAAAAUGUUAAGCAAAAUGGAAGGCAAGAAAAAAAAAUCAUAAUAAAGAAAAGGGUUUAUUCUAGUUAUUAUUAUUUCUGAAAGAUUUAGUUUCAAAGGCAAAAAACCCAAAAAAGACUCGAAACCAAUCAAGUAUUAAGCACUAAACAACCAACAACUAAUACUAAAACUAAACUUAUUUGCCUAACCAAUUUGUAAUUGUUGUAUAAAAAAUUCAAUGAAUGAUUUGCAUCCAUCCAAAAAACGUAAAAUACAAUUAACGAUUAACGAUUAGAAUGCAAAUGUGGCAGCGCAACUGAAUUUCAAAUCAAAUUAGUCUAAAAACAAAACAUAAGAAACAAACAUUAUACAUAUAAAUAUAUUUUGCACAAAACAAAAGAAACGAGAGGAGACGAGAUGGAAAGCAAGGAUAAGCAAAAUGAAAACGGUUAUUGAUAAAUACGAUUUUUAAUUUCGAGGACAUGUCAGAUCGUAUAUGUAAACUGUACGCGUAGGGUGCGUACUGUACGUAAAUGUAAUGUAAAUGUAAGGCAGCGAAGAAGACUUUUGAGCAACAAGAAAAAACAUGUUUUGAUAAAUAUUUAAAUGUUUAUAUAAAUAUAUAUAUAUAUAUAUUAAUAUAAAUUAUGAUAAUUGAUAAUUGAUUAACUGAUUACGAUGCAAGCCAACAGCAACUAUUAUAGUUUGUAAAUGCUUUUUUAUCAUUUUCAAAUAAAAGCAAAUCCUUUGCCAUUUAUAAGUUA